AUGGCACAAGAUUUCGCCUCCAAAGUGGACCUAAUAUUAUCAAAGUUAAGUCAACUGGAAAAUAUCGGCACACAAAUAAAUGACUUACAGGACUCUGUGGAUCGAAUAAAUCAAACGGUCGCAAACCUUCAAAGCGAAUUCCACCGCUUAAAGGAAGACGUACGAAAUACAGUCGAAGAAACAAAUACGCUUAAAACAAGCGUAAAAUUCCUGAAUGAUGAAGUGGAAACCAGUAAGAGAAAACUCCGAGAUGACGAAGAGAAGUCACGACAGGAGUUGGAUCACUUGCGUCUCCAACUCUUAAAUUAUGAAGUGUACAGCCGCCGCGAAAAUCUUCGUUUCUACGGCAUUCCAGAAAUCGAAGGGGAAGAGAAUACUGAACCCGUUUUGAAAGCUUUCUUGGAGAAAGAGUUAAAUGCGGAAAACGCCCAAUCUAUUGAGUUCCAAAGAGUCCACCGCGUCGGUAAAAAGGACCGAAACACAAGAAAACCCAGGACCAUCAUAGCACGCUGUCUUCGCUUUAAAGAUCGAGAAAACCUCUUUUCUUGCCGACGCAACAUCGAUAGCCAGUCGAAUUUCGGUAUUGGCCCAGAUCUACCUAAGCAGGUGAUUGAUACGAGGAAGAGGCUUAUUCCGAAGAUGGUACAAGCAAGAAAAGAUGGAAAACGGGCAGCCUUCAGUAGAGCGGAACCCUAUAAACUCUUUAUUGACGGUGUGGAGGUAAAAUCAUAA